UCGUUCCCCCAACCAGUGUGGGAAUGUCUGUUCAACUGCUAUAACACGAUAACGUAGAUCAGAAAGGGUAUAUGUCAUAAUUACGUCCGCUAAAUUGCAUCGAUGCUGUUUUCCCUGUUGGCUACUCACGGUCCAUUCCAACGUUCCUUUAGUCAGGUAACUGACGGAACACGGAGGCUACAUCCGAAAGUCAUUGACAGUUGGUGGUCUCUUUCCAGCGCAUGCAAAAGCGUUUGAAGCAAAAAAAGGUCACGUCCAAAUCGUCGUGUUCUGUUCGGUUCGGCUUGUUGUUCUGUCUGCUACUCGUGAUAAGAACACCAACAGAUUAAUGAUCAGUUCCUCAUCGCGUCGUCUGCUGAAACCACUUCCAGCAUUCGUAUUUAGUUGCCGUGAAAGUACAUACAGCUAGCAUGCCGUUCAAUAUCAAGUCGAAAAUACAUCAAAUGAUUGAAACUAUGGCAAGAGAAGGUAAGAAGAAUCAUUCAACAUGCAUUAGUAGGCGUCGUCAUGAAACUUUAGCCCUAACCUAUUUCCAGACGGUGUUCAAAAGCGAUCCAGAUGACAACAACCUCAAUGAUAUAGAGGUCAAUUUGAUACUACCAAGAGCUUAUCAAACCAGACUCGAUUACGUCGUUUGCAAAGCAGAGACUGAAGCUUUGGAAAACUGCAGGAGGCAAUAUGGUGUCUUCAUGUCAUUUAUGUGCGUUGAAGAUUUAUUUCACAAGAAUACUUGUCUUUUGAGGAAUAGAAAUAAUGAGGACGUCAAAGAUGAUUGCUCUGAAGAGUAUAUUGCUCUGCGUUCACACUACAGACUUACCAAGGAUCCUAAAACACUUAGAAGAAUGAAAGCAAUGAUACUACCAAAAACUUAUGCUACCGUAAAUCUUGAUUGAAUUUUAUGUAGU